CCGACGGCCGUGGAGCCCAUGGCGUCCGAGCGGCUGCAGAGCCGGCCCGCCUGCCUCCUCGUGGCCAGCGGCGCCGCGGAGGGAGUGUCGGCCCAGUCCUUCCUCCACUGCUUCACGAUGGCCAGUGCUGCCUUUAACCUGCAGGUGGCCACCCCUGGGGGCAAGGCCAUGGACUUCGUGGACGUGGACGAGAGCAAUGCACGCUGGGUGCAGGACUUCCGCCUCAAGGCCUACGCCAACCCCGCCAAGCUCGAGUCUAUUGACGGUGCAAGGUACCACGCCCUCCUGAUUCCCAGCUGUCCCGGGGCCCUGGCUGACCUGGCCAGUAGUGGAUCCCUGGCCCGGAUCCUGCAGCACUUCCGCUCCGAGAGCAAGCCCGUCUGCGCUGUCGGCCACGGUGUUGCUGCCCUGUGCUGCGCUGCCAGCGAGGAUAGGCCCUGGGUGUUCCAAGGCUACAGCGUGACGGGGCCCUCUGUGUACGAGCUCGUCAGGGCACCUGGCUUCGCCCACCUGCCUCUGAUCGUGGAGGACUUUGUGAAGGAUGCAGGCGCCUGCUUUAGUGCCAGCGAGCCAGGCGCAGUACAUGUCGUGCUGGACCGCCACCUCGUCACGGGUCAGAACGCCCGCUCCACGGCACCUGCGGUGCAGACCCUGCUCUUCCUCUGCGGUGCUCGGAAGUGACAUGGUCCCCGCGGAGCCUGCCAGCCAGUGGAUGCCAUCACCUCCAGACAGCCCAGGGGUCCCCAGAGGCAGCUGGACUCCUCAGGCCUCCGGGGACCCUGCCUCUGUGACAGCUGCUGCGAGACUUCUUACCUGUGUGAUUGUGGAGCCUCCAGGGGUCAGCCCCAAGGGGUGUCAGGUCUUGGGGAGUGUGAAGCUGAGGGUGCUGCAUUGGCCACCAGGUGGGGCUGUUUCCAUGUUGAGCAGUCCACUAGAGCUGGCAGUCAGCCAUGGGUGUUCCAGGGCGCGGUUGUGGCCCCUCUGUGGUCCCGGACCAGCACUGGGCCUCCCUCUGCCAGUCCCUGUGCACCCAGCUCUGGGAGCAGAGGCCGAGCCUCCCCAGGAGCCAGGAUGAUGGUGCUGGUUGGGCAGUGACAGGCAAGGUAGCAGAAUCUGUUCCUGUGUGGGGAGGGCUGAGCCCAGGCUGGUCUGCUGCCCCCAGCCCCUCGGGUGGUGGUGGGCUGUGUGGGGAGGGGCCAGCUGGCUGGAGCUUGCUCAGUGCUUUUGACUUGGGUCAGAGGUGAAGGGGAAUGAAUCUUAACCAUGGUCACAGCUCCUGGCCCCCAACUUGCCCUGAUCUUUACCCUUGCCCUGUGCAUGGCUUGUGUGGUGCGACCCCGUGCCAGAUGGGGGCUCUCAGGGCAGAUGUGGCCGUGGCGCUGCCUCCCUAACAUGGGGGGAGACUCUACUGACCUUCAAGCACGGGCUCCUUAGACCACACUGCCCACCCUGUCUGCAGCUGUGCUGAGGGCUGCGGGGUGGACAUCACACGGAGUGCCACCUGCAGAGGCUCCACGUGGCCAUCCCAGGCCACCCUCAGCCUCCCUGGGGUACCUGACGGGGUUGUGGCCUUCAGGUGGUGCCCUCUGUGUCCCCCACCUUCCCUUGCCCCCCUCCCAAGUUGGGCUUGCUGGGUCUGAAGUGUCCAGUCCCUGGGAACAGAAACCGUGUCCCUAGGCCCAGCUCACACUCCACACUCCUCAGGAAAUUUCCCAGGAAAGCCACUGGGCCUGGCUACCAGCCUCGCGUCUGCUGGUGCUGCCACCUGGUGAUGGCCGUCUGCACACACUUAAAAGGUCCCCUUAGGGACGUUACCUGUAUCACCCAUAAAGAGUCGAAUAACAUCUGUUGAAGGCUUCUGACCAGCCGUGUCUCCUUGCUCAGAUUGGGGCUCUGCAGCAGGCACUGCCCCUUGGCAGCUCUAUCCUGAGCCCACCAGGUAUGGGGCAUAGGUGAGGGGCUGGGAGGCGGCAGGGGUGGGCUUGGUUUGACCCCACCUGUGCCUUCUGGGACCCUCCACGUGCCCAGGGGUGUGUAAGACCAUGACAUCCACUGCGGCACCUCUUGGGAAUGAGUGGGCACAAAGCUGCAGCCCUGUGAACAGAGCCUCAUUAGCAGCAUCACUACCUUGAGGGGAUAUUUAGCCCUAAAAGAAUGAAAUCCUGACAAUAUCCUACAACGCGGGGGGUGUGGGUGGACCUUGAAAACAUGCUAGAUGAAAGAGCAGCCGUGUGUGUGUCUGUGUGAGUGUGAAUGCCCAGAAAGCCCAGCGGUGCAUUGGUGGUGGGAACAAGGCACCUGGACAUAUCUCCUUUUGGGGAAUUUCCAAAACUGGACGCUGGUGGCCACACCCCUAAGUGCUGGAACCAUCUAGACACUCCUAAGAGGCACCCAGUAGAGGUGGGGUCAGGGUGGGUGCAAUGCCCCUGCCCACCACUCCUGGACACCCAGCAGCCCCCUUAGUGUCCUAGAUGGGCUGGGUCUGUCCCUGGAGCCCCUGGGGAGGGUGGUGGCCACUCCAGAAGUGCCAGCCCUGGGCUCUGCUGCUUUGAUGAGCAAAUGGUGCCCGCUGUCCCUGAGAGCUGUGGGGAAAGGAGGCCAGCCAGCUCAGGGAGCUCCCCUGCCGACCCGUAGGUGUAACGUGGCCAGGACGGUGUCUCAGGCCAGUCCCCGACACGUGUUUCUGUCCACAGACAGGGAAUGGCCAGCCCGGCCCUCACACCAGGAGGCUGGGCAGGUAGAGUCCUGUGAUCCCCUGGGCACGGUCACCCAGACCCAGUGUCCUCACCCCGCCUUGCUCCAUUCUAAGAACAGGCUGGUUCCUGUGGAAGGGAGGGGCCACCUCAAGUCCUCCCAGUCCUGUGCAUCGUGCCCAAAG